UGCAUCCAAAGCUCCAAACCCAACUGAGUAAGCACGAAUCACGAUAUCAACAACCCGGUCGAUUGGGAGUGACACCAUCACCAUGAGCUUCAUGAAGAAGGAGGCGUCCUCGCUGUCCGAGCUCGGCUUCGACGUCGAAGCCGGCGCCGGCUUCUUCCGCCAGGUUCCGUCGUCCGGCCGCAACGGGGAAGGGGAACUGAUGACCCCGCUGCUGCGGUGUGACCGGCUCACCAAGGUCUCCGUCAUCGGCGCCGGCAACGUGGGAAUGGCCAUCGCGCAGACCAUCCUCACGCAGGGCAUCGCCGACGAGAUCGCGCUCGUGGACGCCGAGGCCGACAGGGUCCGCGGCGAGAUGCUGGACCUGCAGCACGCCGCGGCGUUCCUCCCGCGCGUCCGCAUCGUCGCCGGCACCGACGUGCUCGCGCUCACCAGGGGCUCCGACCUGGCCAUCAUCACGGUGCCCAGGGAGACGGCGGCGUCGUCGCGGAUGGACCAGCUGAGGGGUAACGUGGCGCUGCUGAGGGAGGUCGUGCCGGCGGUGGCGGAGGGGUCGCCGGAGUCGCUGCUGUUGGUGGUGUCGAACCCCGUGGACGUGCUGGCGUACGCGGCCUGGAAGCUGUCGGGGUUCCCGUCGAGCCGGGUGAUCGGCUCCGGCACGGACCUCGACUCCGCCAGGCUGCGGUGCCUCCUGGCCGAGCACCUCGGCGUGGGCGCGCAGGACGUGCAGGCGUACAUGGUCGGCGAGCACGGCGACGGCGCGCUGGCGCUGUGGUCGAGCGUCCGCGUCGGCGGCAUGCCGGUGCUUAGUUACCUCCAGAAGACCCACUCCUCGUUCGACGCGGAAGCCCUGGAAGGGAUCCGGCGGGCGGUGGUGGGCGGCGCGCGCGAGGUGAUCGGGCUCAAGGGGUACACGUCCUGGGCAAUCGGCUACUCGGUGGCCAGCCUCGCCCGGUCGCUCCUGCGCGACCAGCGGCGCGUCCACCCGGUGUCUGUGCUCGCCAAAGGGUUCGUCCCCGGCGACGUGCAUGAAGUCUUCCUUAGCCUCCCGGCCAGGCUCGGGCGCCGCGGUGUGCUUGGGGUCGCUGCGGAGCUGGAACUCACCACCGACGAAGAGACCACUCUCCGUCGGUCCGCGAUGACGCUCUGGGGCUACUGUCAGGCGCUCGGGCUAUAAUUAAACGCGUUCGUGUAAGCUGCCUGAAAAUGGCCCGGGUGUCAGUCGAGUCGAUUUUGCUCCAACUUUCAAAGAAUAAACAGUAAAUAAGAAUAAGAUAAGAUGCCUAAAUUUUACUUUAUUUUCAGGAACAAGAUACAUAAAUUGUC